UUCGGCUGUAAUCCCGGUGUAGGGAUCGGUCCUCCCAACGCCGGUGCCCUCGGGAGGGGCGGGAAACAACCGCCAUGGGUACAGCCGCCGAAGUGGAGAUGCUGUUCUCCUUGGAGCUGUUGGUCGAAUGCGUGAACGUUGGACCUGGGACCCACCUGGAGUCCGGCCCUUUGCUGGCGGUGGCCUUCAGGCUGCUGGACUUCCCCACUCUCCUGGUCCGUCAGACCGAGCUGGAGAACCUGCGGCGGGGCCGGGAGAGGGAGAGGGAGGGUCCCGAGCGACUGCCGGGCGGCACUGACGUCCCUUUCGAUAAAGGCAAGUCCUGCCUGUUCAAGAUGGGGCUGUCGGCCCUUCACCGCCAUCUGACCACCACCCCCCUGUACGCCAUGCUGCUAGACGUGUCACCGCGGGUACCCAAGCUGGUGGGAAGUUGCCUGAUCUCGAUGGCGGGUGCGGUGGAGAAAAUCAGGCUGGAUGUGGAGGAACGCGGCAUUGCCACGCCAUCCGUGCAAGGGAAGAGAGGGCUGUACCCUCUUUAUAACUUGAUGGGCGUCAAGAUUGGCCACAUCUCUGCAGGAUAUAGACUAAUGAGUUUGGGAGUUGGUUUGCUGCCUCAUAUUCCAGAAAACGAGGUUCUAAGAGCUAAAAUGCGAGACACAGACUUUCCACACCUGCCCAGUGAAGAACGACGUGUGCCAGAACGAGGGGAGAGCAGGAAGGUCGCAGAUCAAGGCACUGGGCACAUUCUGUCUGACUCUGAAAAAUGCCCCGACCAUGUGCCGGGUGACCAGGCUGUUCAACCUAAUCAGUUUGACCAGAGCGAAGAGCCUGUCAUCAUUUCUGUGUUAAAGGGGAAACGUAACCCGGAAAAAUUGGCAAAAGAAGCACCCAUGAAGCACAAGAUGAGACAACAGGUUCUGGAAUCCGAACCAACUGUAGAUAUAAAAGUGGACAACGUUUUUUGUCCGCCCCCCAUGUACUACAGUCAGUCAAAGGAUGGGCCCAAAGAGAAGAUAUCUGAAAUCUGGAAAACAGCGGAACCUAAGGAGGAAUCGAUUCUGCUCGAGGAACUGGAUUCAAAUGAAAGUGAUGAAUUGUUCGAUAUGAGCCAAAGUUUAAGUGAUUUUAGGUUGCCCGAAAGUCGCUCAGAAGCUGCAGCCACGUUAAAGACACAAGUUCAAACGAGCCCCGCUAUUCCUGAUGCAGGUAAUACCAUCAGACAGUUUCCUCUGCUGAAUGCGCUCCUACUGGAACUUUCUUUGCUACAUCAUGACCAAUUACCUCGACGGAUUCCUCUUGCUGUUCAUCCUCAGCUUGCUUGGCUUUACAGUGGUUUGAAGAACGAAUCGCCCGAAUUUCAUAAAACGACCAAAUCAACAUCGCAACGUCCGAAGUUUGCCAAUCCAGACUUUAAGCAACGGAAGGAAGUUCAAAAGCAACCUGUAUCUCCCAGAGUCUUCGAUAAAGAAAAUAACCCGAAGCUACUUAACGCAAAGAAAGGUUCGGAACAUUCCAAAAGAAAGUUGAUGUAUGGGUUAACAAAUACAUUGCGGUUAAGGCUCCGACAGAAAAAUCCAGAUAUGUUGAUACUACAUGAAAAGAAAGAGUUGUCCAGAAAGAGAGAACUGGAACAACUAAAAGAAAAGAAGACUGUGCGAAAACGCCCUGAAGGCAAAAGGGAAAGGAGUUCUUCAAUUCUUCAAAAAGAUCAACAAUUUUCUGGUGGCAGAUUUAAAGAAAACAUUGAAACAUUGAUUCAAAGCAGCAUUGAACCUGACGCAACUCAUUCUUCAAAGGUUCUAAGAAAUGGAAAGCUUAUGAACAAAAGUAACUUUGAAGCAACUUUGACACGUGAAUGUGCCACUAGAGCAGGAGGGAUGCCUGUUCAACCUCCGGGUCCAUUAAAUUGCCGUGUAGAGAUUUCGGAUUUACAGAGAGCAAAUGACAGGGGCCUUUACCGAAAAGAUAUAAAAAUCAGACUGCCUGAAAUAUUCAGCCACGAUUCGGACCACAGUGUGAAUGAGAAUUGUAAUAAAGCGGUGGAUUUACUGCAGACUCCAUAUAUGAAUCCUGGUCUUGCUAGUGAUCCAACAAUAGUUGAAGACAUUAAUGCACGGAUUUCUUAUAGUAGCUGCGAUGAACCCAAGUAUUCAGAGGACUUCACAAGCCCGGAACCAACGGGCAACUCGGGAGAUUUUACCAGUCCCGAACCUACAAGCAGACUUGCAGAUACUUUAGGUAGCAGUACAGAAGCUGCAACCAUUAGGGUGAAGCAUAAAUAUUCUAACAAUGAAUUGGACUCUAGCCUUUCCAAAUAUUCCAGUGACAAUCAGGGGACAGCUCAAAGUGAGACAGAAGAUGAUUCAGUCCCAUUACCAGCACCAUUCAAGCAAUCUCCAAUACAGUCUGUAAAAAGUAUAAUCCUUGUAAGAAGUCGCCAACAGAACAUGACAUUGUCUUCAAUAACCUCAAAUCUAUCUGAUGGAGCAACCAGCUCAACAGGGGAAAAUCAACUGAAAAAAAUACUGAAUCUAUCAACCAAACAAGAGACUGAGAAACAAUUGAAGUCAACUGUUCAGUGGGGUUCCAGAUCAGACAUCAAUCCAGCUAGCACUGAGGUUCCCCAACUUUCAAGUUCAAGGAAUGGUCACAGGUCAUUAGAGGAGAGCCAGUCUUUGGGGACAUCUCAAGUGAGCUCAUACGCACCAUCCAGUGUGUCUGAUCUUGUCUGUGGUGGACUUGAAAUGAACACAAAGGAUAUUCAAAGAGAUGAAAUUAAUGAAUUGGGAAGGGCAGGAAUAAUUAAUGAAUGCAGACACAUUUCUGAACUAGUAGCCAACAAACUUCCUGGAUAUACUUUAUGAUAUUAUCACCAAAGUUCUUGAGCUUUCCACUAUGUCACUGUGUGCUCAGCAAAAUAAAACUGUAUUGUAACUUCUUACAUUUUGCUUACCCUUGAGAACAUUUUAUCUGCAAAAUAUGCAAUUUAUCAUAUAUGUGACAAAAUUUGUACUAGAAAGAAAUGCAAUUUUGGACCUCAUCUGAAACUAUUCUACUUCUCACUCUCUCUUACUACUUUGACACAGGGAACAACACCCUCCUUAAAUGCCUUUCCUCCACUGUUCAAUCUGGUGCUUUCCUUGUUUUCUACCUAUUCAAUUGUAGCAUGAAUAUUUCUAACAAUUACUCCACUUUCCAAUCUUAGACCUUAACUGAGGUCCAACAUAGUCCCCUUCACUUCAUCCUCUACAUGCUGUCCCUUGCAAGCAUCACUUGUUUGAUCAGGUUCGAAAUGCAUGCAAACAAGUUGCAUCCUUGUCUGCCAACAUUUUUCAUGAGCCUGCUAUUGCUUAUGUUGUAAAAUAUUUGUUUCACAAUCACCCUGUAGUGUUGUAAAAUUCUACGAUUAAACUUUGGAGGAAAGAAAGGCAUUGUUUUCACACCCAUCAGAAAUUCUCUGCAACAUGGUUAGUGUAACGCUAUUACAGUGUCAGCGACCUGGGUUCAGAGGGCAUGCUAUGUUGGUGCCGGAAGAGUGGCGACACUUGCAGGCUGCCCCCAGCACAUUCUCAGUAAUGCAAAAGGAUGCAUUUCACAGUGUUUCAAUGUACAUGUGACUAAUAAAUAAAUAUUUAAAUAUCU